AUUUGUGAUAUUCCGCCAUAUUCAAACUUCCGCCGUCACUUUUGGUUGGAUUGAUCGAUUUACUGCGGGUUUGUUUCUUUCUUUCAUCAUCGUUGCUGCUGUUCCAUUAUAAUUUCAUUGUUUUGAAUUAGUMAUAUUAGCUAGCUUCCUACACCCAACCUCUAAAAUGGAGGAGUCAGAGGUGGUCGAAUUAUCUGUGGAAGACAAGCCGAAGAGUCGAAGGAUUUCCUCGAAGAGAACGUCCACCAUCAGCCUAGCCGUCGUCAGCUCAGAAACCUCCCCCGCCACUGUCAACAACUCUAAAAAACCUCCACUGUGCAGAGGGAGUUCCUUCACCUUUCUGACUCCAGGAACACCAUGGGACUUCAGUCUGAAGAGGAAAAAUAAAGAGCCCAAGGAUGAUGACACUGUCAGUCUCUCCAGCUUUGACCUCAAAAAGAGAAAACGCAAAGAGAAAAAGGAGGAUGAAGACACCGUCAGUCUGUCCAGUUUUGACCUCAAAGAGCCCAGUAACAAGCGUGUGCGGCCACUGAGUCGGGUGUCAUCUCUGGCUAACCUGAUCUCCCCUUCCAAGAAUGGAGCUGUCCGACGCUUUGGUCAAACCAUCCAGAACAUGUCACUGCGGGGUGACAGCAAGUCGCCGGGUGCGUCCCUGAAGUCGUGCAGUAAGGCAGCGGGCCCAACACCUCCCAAACGCAGAAACAGCACUCUGUGGUCUGAAACACUGGACGUUCACCAGAAGAGCACCUUCUCCACCAAAGAGAUUAAGAGACAGGAGUUGCCAGGUUUGAAUGCUUACAAAGACUAUUGCAGUAACCAGCUGGCUGCCAAGGCCCUGUUGGACCAGAAGAAGCAGGACCGGAGGGUUCAGGACUUCCUGCAGCGCUGCCUGGAGUCUCCCUUCAGUAGGAAGCUGGACCUGUGGAGCUUCCUGGAUAUACCCAGGAGCCGGCUGGUCAAAUAUCCCCUGCUGCUGAGAGAGAUACUGAGGCAUACACCGCCAGAUCACCCUGAUGUACCCUGUCUGGAGAAAGCGGUGGCCAUCAUUCAGGGUGUGUUGUCUGACAUCAACAUGAGGAAGGGAGAGUCAGAGAGUCAGUACUACAUUAAUAAGCUGGAGUAUCUGGAUGACAGGCAGAGAGACCCGCUCAUCGACAACUGCAAGACCUUGCUGUGUCAUGGAGAGCUACGCAACAAGAGUGGCUCGAAACUGCAUGUGUUCCUGUUCUCUGAGCUGCUGGUGCUGACGAGGCCGGUGACGCGUAAUGAGCGGAGCUGCUACCAGGUGUACCGUCAGCCCCUCCCCAUCAGAGACCUGGCUCUGGAGGACCUGCAGGAUGGAGACGUACGCAUGGGAGGGUCAUUCAGAGGGGCUUUCAGCCAGGGGGAGAAAGCUAAGAACGUGUUCCGCGUGACCUCCCUGGACCCGACCCACGGCCAGUCUCACACCCUGCAGGUCAACGACGUCUUCCACAAGCAGCAGUGGCUCAACUGUCUCCGCAGCGCCAUCGACGCCCAACCUCGACACCAGAGGACGCCACUCAGAGAUCAGCGCAGUGAGGCUACAACCAUGACCAGGGCCAAGCGUCGUUCCUCUGUGGUGUCCAUGUCUGAUAUGGUGGGGGCAGAUGAGAACGUCUGCUCCCAGGUCGGUGAGCCAAUCCUGGGGUGUAAAGGCACAGAGACACUCCCCAGGUCUGGUUCUUCAAGUAAAAUCAAAAGAGAGUGGAGCCGUGGUACGCAUCGCAGGAGGAAAGAGACCGGGGUUUAGGACAACGGAAGAGUCCAUGGAGGCCAGUGGGAUGUCUACACCUGUACACCUUCAUUCAUUUGUAUUUUUACUGUGUCUUCUUCUAUGGUGUUAUGUUGGACUUCUUACUUGUGAUAUUAAUGUGUAGGCUACUCGUGAAUUUCCAUGGCACCUGUCUGUCAAGUAGUGAUUUUGCAUAAAAUAAUAUGUCUGACAAAUAGCAGUGAUGUACCGGGACGACCAUGUAGCAGCUAUGUCAAAACUGUCCAAUCACAUCCGUCCAGUGUGCACUGCAAACCAAUAAAACUGAAGAGUUCUGUAAAUUUCAGGAGAAAAAAAAGUUUUAGAAAAGAUUAUUGGUUUACUUUACAAGGGAAUGAUAUUUGCCAACCAAUGUGACUGAAAAUGGUUUACAGCGGUUAUGAGAAUUAGGAUUUUACACUUUUUAUGUUAAAAUGACUAACUCUGUUUUUAUACAAAAUAGCACUGUUUUAGCUCUUAGAAUAAGAAUAUAUGUUGCUUGGAACUGGAAUUAUUAAUUAUUAACCACUUGAUUUGAUAAGUCAUUAUUUCUACAGGGUUGGUCAGUGUGUUCUUCGUUACUAUUAAAAAGGCCCGUGCUGGCUUCGUUGAGCCGUUUCUCUGUGUCCCAAAUGACAGCCUAUUCCAUGUAUUUUUUGGUUCAGAGCCCUAUGUGGCCUGGUCAAAAGUWGUUACACUAUAUCGGGUAUGGGGUGCCAUUUUGAGACUGGAGCCUCUCUUUCCAUGCAGCACCAUGUGUUGAGGUUGAUCUUCAGUAGUGUACACAGUGCAGACCACAUGCAAAUAUUAGUCAACUGUCUGAUGUGUUGUUGUGGAGACAAAGGUGACAAAGGAUGAAAUGAGUAUGUUGUUAUGAGAAGGCUCGGUAACUUGUGUGCCAAUUCUCUACCCUCCUUCACAAGGAAGUGUUCACUCUCACACAUUUUAUAAGUCUUGGAUUAGUGUAAGUACGGCAGAAGGGGAGUUUCUAACAUAUUCCUUAAACCAGCCCGUUCCUUUUAAAUCCGUGAAGGAGAGAAGGGUAGAGAAUUGAACCGCAACUGAGUUGUAUUAAUGGUGGGAAAGUAAAGGUUUCAGAAUGGGUUCUCUUGAGAACUGGAGGUGAGAGAAGCAUGAAACUGCAUGAUCAACCACAAGUUAUGCUGUGUGCAAAGAGAGGGAAAAAGUAUCACUGGAAUGCUUUGUAUGGAUAGUGAAAAGGGAAAGACCGAUUAAAGAUUAUCCGAGGGGAAAUCUGUGAGAAGCUAUCUGUGUGUCUGAUAUUUAAUUCCUUUUCAAUUAAAAAUAAAGAGCUUCAAUGCUGUGAGA